AUGCCAGUCCCCACGAAUUCGCGAUAUGAACAGCCCUUGAGCCCACCGCUCUUGACUACUACACCCGCGCGCUCGAGUAUCCGCAUGCCGUCGACGAGCACAAGCUACACGCCAACUGUGACCUCGGGUGCAGGUCAGCAAAAAUUGAAUGUGGUCACCCGCGUCGCGAUUGAGGGAAAGGCGAAGAGGGACCAGGAUGGGGCGUCUAUUAAGAUGUUUUUGAAGAUUGUUGUACCAUUAGAUUAUGUUACACCAGGCUCGACUAUCCCUCUUUUCCCAGAGGAGAACGUGAAGAUCCUCACUUCUCAAGUUCACCCUCUGGACAACAACUCUGUGCCAUAUAACUUUUCCUCGACGAUAUCCCCAAUGCUGCAUGCUGCAGCACGAGCGCUCAACCUCCCCGCGCGGUCUUCUGAGACCUUCAACUCUGCAUUCGACCUUGGCAAGUUGAAUGGACACGCCUCGUCGAGCCGAAUCUCGAAGUCGGAUAAUCCUGAGCAUGUUCCGCCCAUCGAUGCACAAUAUACAGGCCAUAUCCUGGUCAGUGGCUACAAUAUUUCGUUCGUACUCCCCAAGGUCUUUCUUUCACGUCGGAAAGGAGGAAGUUUGUCGGAGACUGAAGAAGAGGCAAUUACGCGGACGCCUGGAGACAGAAGACGCCCGUCGGUCGGAGAGAGAAACCAGGCUCAAUUCAUGGCAGCAAUAGACCUGUGGAUUCCUCUUCUUUCCAAACCUCCAAGGUCACCUUAUCUGCUCUCUAUCCCCACACCACGAUGUCUCCACAACCACAUCAAGCUACGCAUAUUCCCACCUGCAAACACGUCCCAGUCCUUCGCGUCUCUAUCCUCCAUGGAGGAAGAGAGUGGUGCUUGGGACGUCACCUCGGAUCCUCACGUUACGCGAAGUGCCUCUUCACGGUCCAGAUCCCAUUCGUACAACAAUUUCGCUGACGACGAGUCCUCGGAUGCGUCGAUGUCGGGCAUGUACGAAGGUUGCGCGAUCCAAGGAACAUUUCCGAGCGCUGAACGGAUUCGUGUUCGAUGGGCGAAGCCUAUGCGAACCGUCAACAUCUCCGGAGAGACUGAUGGCCGAAAACGCGUUGGCGUCGAAAGUGUUAAGGGCGAAGUGGUCUGCACAAUCCGGGGUAAAGGGACAAGCACAAGUAACCCUGAUGUCGAGGGAGUCCUGAUAGAUGUGGUGUAUAAGAGCCAGUGCAAGGGAGUAUGGUUUCCGGGAGUCGCGACCAUGCUUGGUCUCGAUGUGGGUCUUGAAGCCAAAGGCGCCGAGAUAAAUUGGCCACAAGGUCAUCCAACACAAUGGGAGGUCUCUGGAGGUACUGGGUACACCGGGUUUGACAACGGAAUCUCAACGGGGCCGCCCAGUUCACGAACAACUUCUUUUGAUUCCAAUGGACCUCAGCCCCAAGGCGAAAAGGAAGGCGAGUCCGUAGCAACCUACCAAACAGCAAGAACAAAUUCCGCCGCGUCUUCGAGUUCCUCACUUCUUCGAGCUCCUCUUCCUGGCCAGAGUGUAGCGGAUUAUUCCUUCGAGGGUUCAAACGCGACACUACCGCCCGGUUCCGUUGGGACUUUGUCUUCUGUGCCGUCUCUUCCAACGUCUUCGACUCUGAAUCUUCCUUCGACCCCACAAGUGCGCCCACCAGGCUCUCCGAUCACUCUGCAUCUCAACAUGAACGAGUUGCAAACACCGUCCAAGAGUGUCUUUUCAUUUAGCAUUUCCGGGACAAUCCUUGUAACAGCAAAGAGUACGCUUGCUCGCAUCAACAGUCUCAAUUCUUCGAACGGAUCCAAUAACGACAAAUCAACAGAUCCAGAGCCUGUUCCAUUACCCCAGUUUACGGUCCUCGCCGCUGAUUCGGAGUCGACGCCUGUUAUCGUACGGAAUGAGGUUGAAGGAGCGUCCGUAGAGGUAUUCCACCCCACUGGUGACAUACAAAAGGACCCGCAGACACGAAAGACCGUCCUGCACAAGACCGGAUCUACGAAGUGCGCGGAUGGCGGCAGGAUAGCCCUCAAAUACUUUGAAGCAUUUGGCCUGAAUGGGAACGCACGCCCUUCUGGUCGUCCCAGAACCCCAAGCAAUGUCAUUGCUCGCGUUGGUACCAAUUCUCCGGCGCCACGUACAAUCGUUUCUGCUCGCGCCAGAAAAGAUGGUCCUCCUAUUAUCACCUCCGUCGAAGCGACCGUCACAACUUUGGCGCCAGAUGCCAACGGCUUCCCUACUGGUUAUGCCAUCAGGGUUACCUUGAAGAUACCAGUUUUGUUGGAUUCAGAAUGGUUAGAUUUUGGAUUAGCGUAUGGGUACAGAUCGGGAUCCGACAAUGUCUCUUCAUCUGCGGCUCCUAGACCUUCUCCAAAGGUUCAUAUUAUCUGCGCCAGCCUUGAUGGCAUUCCUGUCAAAUCAGAGAUUGAAAAAGCGGUCGCAAAUGUCGCGAAGGGUGGGGCCCCUUUCGAAGAGGUGAAAGGAAAGGAGUGGAUUUACUGGGGCAAAGUCUACGCUGGGUCAUCCGUGGGGUCGUCUAUGGUCAUCGAUUAUGUCGUCCAAGAGCAAGCCUCGUUCGCAGACAAAGGAAAGAAAAAAGCACUGAAGUCCGCCCAGAUCGAUAUCCUUCUUCCGUCCUUCUCCAUUUCCGUUGCAAGACUAGACGUUAAAAUAGAUGCCACCCGAGAUCUUGAACUAUCAUCACUGCGGUCUAAUUUCGACUAUCAUCAUGCAUUUCCGACGUGUAAUCGAUUGCUCCUAUAUUCGAUCGAGGAAUUCUCCCAACCGCGUCUUUCCUUUGCUCUUGUAAGAAAGACUCGGUCUUCCGACUCUCCAGGAUUCAAGUGGUACUUCGCCUUUACUUGGACAAUGCUCCUCACCGCCUUUCUUGUGCUGUACAGCCUCACCGUCGAGACCAACCGUAUGCAAAAAAUCUCGAGUGGCUAUUCAAACAUGCUGGUUGACUCCUGGCCAGAGGUUCCUACUGUAACAGAGACCACGACCAUCUAUCGCGACACCUCCGGGCGGAAGUGGUUUGGAGACUCAGAGGCCUCAAUUAGAACGAUAUACCCUUCAUCUCUGUCCGCAAGUGUGUCCACUACCACCUUCACUGCUACCACCUCGUCUGCCGUCUCAGUUACGCCAACGAUAACAGAACUUUAUGUUCCACUACAGCCCAGGGAAGACAACUCUGUUAUGAAUAUGCAAACACGCUCAAUAUUGGAACGUUAUGGCCUGAUACCAAUGGAAAGCUUCCUGGCUUUUGAUUGGUUGGACGAACGAAGUGCUGCUUUCAAACGGGCGUUUGUCAAAGUUCAGGACUCUAUGGAAUUUGUAUGGAGAAUAUUCAAACGAGUGUAUCACUAUCCUCUGCCCCCUCCAUAA